ACCCCUCGGUCAUUUUGCAUUCGCGUCGGUACAUGAUCAUGGCAAGCCACGCCGAAGACGCGCUGGGCGGCGACGCGAACGUGGACAUGACGGGCGAGGUCCCGAUGCUCGGGCUGCCCUCGACCACCGACGAGCCCAUGACGAUGAUCGAGGCCAGCGACGAUGGCAUGAUGGAGAUGGCCGACGACCGCAGCCGCCGCCAUCAGGUCGACGUCGAGAACGCGAUCAACAUGCCGAUGCGCAAGAAGAUGCGCCUCAGCUUCAUCCCGGACGAGAACUGCGGCAGCGGCAACAGCACGGACGACGAGAAGGACCAGCAGGCGCAAGUGCAGACCCGCCUCUUUGGCCUCCUCAAGCAAGGCGAGGCCCGGCACUUUGUAGCGCUCUUCAACCAGCAGACGCCAAGAGGCAAGCAGACGCUCCUCGCUGCGAAGGACGAGGUCGGCUUUACGCUCCUCAUGAGCGCGGUCAAGUACACGAGCCUCGACGUCUGCCGGCUCUUGAUCUCGCACCGCGUCGACGUCAACGAAGUCAACGACAAGAAGAACUCGGCGCUGCUGUUGGCGGCACAGAAAGGCCUGAUGGAGAUCUCGCAGUGCCUCCUCGACGCCGGCGCGUCCUCGGAAUCGCGCAGCGCCGCCCUCGUUCCGGCAGCGCACUUUGGCCACUUGGACGUCGUGCACCUCUUGCUCCGGUCCGGCGCCGACCCCAACUACGCCAACCAGAAGGGCACGACCCCACUCAUGCGCGCUGCUCAAGAAGGCCAAGGCGCGGUCGUGCAGGCGCUUCUCCAGAACCGGGCCGACGCGAACGCGGCGAACAUGGAAGGCAUGACGGCCCUCAUGCUCGCCUCGCAGCGCGGGCACGCCGAUAUUGCCGACAUUUUGAUCAACGCGGGCGCCAUUGUCGACAAGCAAACGCGGCAAGGCAGUACGGCGCUGCUCCUCGCGGCGAAGCGCGGUCAUGCGAAGGCCAUCGUCGCACUGCUCAGCGCUGGCGCCGAUAUGUUUCUCAAGGACGAGCGGGACAAGACGGCGCUGGACAAUGCGUCGCGCCGCGGCAACGAAGAACUCAUUCGAAUUCUGACCAUUGACAACCAACAACGCUUGAUGAAGUACCGACUGCGCAUGCUGCGCAACUACAUGCUCAUGAAGAUGUGCACGCUGUACCUUCUCAACCGCGCGCAGCUCUUGCCGCGGCGAACGGCCGCCGCCACCUCGUACGGGAGCUGGCUCGUGCGCGCCUUUGGCCUCCCCAAGCCGCUGUUGCGCAACAUUGCGCAGUUUUUACCGCUCUCCCGGACGUGGUCGACGCAGCUGCGCAACUUGAACCACCACGUUGCGAUGGACCCGAGCCAAGUCGUGUCCAAAGGUCUCUUCAUCAUGAACGAGGUGCUCUGCGACGCAAAGCUCGAAGUCCGCUUCUUUCCUAACAUGACGGGUCCGGGACAGCUCAUCUUGCUGCGCGAGCGGCCCGAGUACCAAGAGCUCUUGGCGUCCAACGCGCUGGGGCUCUCGAUGCCACCGGAAAUGCUCCAGCGGCUCUGCCACAUGGCGAACCUCCAAGGCGUUUUGGCGCAGUACCCGUCGCUCGAAGCGAUCGAGUUUGGCACGGUCGUCGCCCAGGACGUCCUCACGGUCCUUCAAGCUCUGCUUGAGUGGGACGACCUCCGGCGGCGAUAUUGAAAGGACGUCUAUUUAUCGUAUUUAAUGAAAAGUGCAUGUCCG